GGCUUUAGUGCUCUAAAUUAAGGUUCGAAUCCAGAUCAAAAUUAUAUGAGUCUGGGGCAGUCUGUGCUUUUGGAUAAGACGCUGAUGGAGAGGGACAAUCUUUUUGCUGAUAAUGUAAAUGAGUACAUUAGCAGUUUAAAAAAAAUCACAUUACAUGUAACUGAUUACAUGUAAUCAGUUACUCUCCAACCCUGAUCUAUGAUCACCUCAGCUGUCAGAUUUUGGCUGGCCACGUACUGACCACUCUCUAACUUCUCCCUUUUUUGUAGUUGAUUUCUUUUGCAAUGAUACCGUACAUGUAGACUUCCAGUCAUUGUGCUAACACUAGUUAGCAUUGACUUGCGAAACUACCUGUUCUUCAUACUGCAUGCAGAGACAUAAUUUUUAUAUCUAUGAGUUCAUCUGAUUCUGGUUAAGUAGGGGAAGGGCUUAAAUGCCAUUAUUUCGCAGUAUCAUUACUUUAUUCUGCUGCUGUGCUUGUUCUCCCUCUGGCUGACCUCUCACCCUCUUGUUGCUAGCUCUCUAGCUGAUCUCUGUCCAGAUCCUCUCUUUCCGGAUGCAAAUGUAUAUGAGUGUGUGUGUGUAUGUGUUUGGCAUAUAUAUCCUACAGUGCAUAAAGUUUCACUUUGCAUCUUUUAUUAAGGUUUGAAUUUUUCAUUCAACUCUUCCAUUUCUGUCUCCAAUGGGAGGCAGGUCCCUCGGGAUCGGAGAACUCCUUGUUCACCAUCUGCACGCGUGUGUUCUUCUUGUCGGGAGCCUCCAGGGGAUUGUCUACAUGCCAGCCGUACAUAGACGAUGAGAAGACAGGCACCAGCCUACCCCUUUCCUGGUACAGCAGGACAAAAUACUUAAUCAUUGACAUCAAUAACAGUCAGUAAGAGUUCUAAGUGGACUGGCAAAAAUGAAGCGACAUCUUCAGAAAGAUUAUGGCCCGAGAAGAAGCUUUAAUGACAAAGACAUUUCUGAAGGACCACUGCAAGCAAAAUAAACUCUACAUGACACCUCGAUUGAAUGACACACUGUAUUUGCACUUCAAAGGCUUCUCCACCAUAGAGAAUCUGGAGGAGUACACAGGGCUGAAGUGUCUCUGGCUGGAGUGCAACGGACUGCAGCGCAUCCAGAACCUGCAGGCCCAAACGGACCUACGCUGCCUCUUCCUCCACCAGAACCUCAUACACAAUCUGGAGAACUUAGAACCACUCAGCAAGCUCUGCACCCUCAAUGUCUGCAACAACUACAUAUGCACCAUCGAAAACAUUGGUGAGUCUGUCCUCACUCUACGUACCACACCUAUCUCUCUGUGUGUGUGUGUGUGUGUGACUCCAUCUAUUUGUUUUGUGAGUAUUUUCCCAGCCUGCCUGCCUGAUCUGGGCACCUUGCAGAUAGCCCAUAAUAAGCUGCAGACAGUGGGAGACGUGGAGCAUCUGAGUCAGUGCCUCUCCCUCAGUGUACUGGACAUGCCCCACAACCUGCUGGAUGACCCAGACAUCCUCACUGUGCUGGAGAGAAUGCCUGAACUGCGCGUGCUGAACCUGAUGGGAAAUGAAGUGAUAAAGAAAAUCCCAUACUACAGGAAGACUAUGAUCAUACAUCUCAAACAGCUCACAUACCUGGAUGACCGACCUGUGUUCCCAAAGGACAGGGCGUGUGCGGAGGCGUGGGGGACAGCGGGUCCAGAGGGGGAGCGCAGGGAGAGGGAAUCAUGGCAAACACAAGAAAGAAGGAAGAUCCAGGACAGUCUGGACACCAUGGCAACCAUCAGAGACCAAGCCAUGGAGAAUCUGCGACUCAGAGAGCUGCGGCAGCGUAGCCUAGUGGUUAGAGCGUUGGACUAGUAACCGGAAGGUUGCGAGUUCAAACCCCCGAGCUGACAAGGGGAGUAUGAGACUACUACAACUCCAGAACUUGAGAGCCCCAGUAAAAAGAACCAGAGGCAGAAUCAGAGCCCAGGCUGGGAGGAGAGGAUCCAGGCGUUUGUGGAGGACAGUCUGGAGGCCCAUGAAGAGUUCCUACAGACACAGAGAGAACAGACAGAAAAGGAAGAGCUAGGGAAUGAACAGCCACUGAAGAAGCAGCUAGACAGAGAACAACCAGAAAGAGAGGAUCCGGAGGGAGAUCGGCUAGAGAGAGAGCACCAAGAGGGAGAUCAGCUAGAGAGAGCACCAAGAGGGAGAUCAGCUAGAGAGAAAGCACCAAGAGGGAGAUCAGCUAGAGAGAGAGCACCAAGAGGGAGAUCAGCCAGAUGGAGAUCAGCCAGAUGGAGUUCAGCCAGAUGGAGAGCACCAAGAGGGAGAUCAGCCAGAGGGAGAUCAGCCAGAUGGAGAGCAAGCAACAGAAGAAAGCUUAAAGGAAGAACUGUUAGAGUUAAACCAGUCAAGGAGAGAACAACUACAAAGAAGGCAGCCAAAAAGAGAAGUUAGAGAGAGAGCAGUCAGUAUGUACCCAGCCACAGUCUGACAGCUGGGAGAAUUGUAGAGCACGGUCCUGGACCAAUGGUGACUGAGCUAGAGGAGACAGAGGACCUGGAGACCAUCCACCUGGGGCCACGCCCACCACUUCGUAUUGAUGAUCUCCCUGACCUGGAGGAUGUGGAUGUUGAAGAUCCAGACAGCACCUGCAUCUUCUCCUCGCAGCGAGUAUUCUGGCCAAUGAUAGAGGUCGUUUCAGGAGACAACAACGAUGUAGAUCCAAUCAUACAUCAGAGUGGGACAGUGUGGACCACAUCUACCUCAGGUCCAUGCUCAUCUUCACUGUUCAGGGUCUGUGACAAAAUGUCAAACAAAUCGCCCACCAAUCACCUAGUAGCAUUGGACCCAGAGGCGGGGGAUGCCCCAGAGCUGGUGAUAUCAGAACCUCAGGGAGAACCCAGACAGAGGCAGAGCCCUGAAGCCAGCAAACCAGGUUGUCUCAUUGAGGAGCUGGACUAACUCUGCAGAAGGCUGUGAUAGCAUUAACAACACUAGGUUUAGGUGUUCAAUCUGGGAAAGCCUUGUUUUGCUGAAGACGGGUACAAUGUAAGCACAGAGAGCUGCUGUGGAGCUAUUUCGCAGGCCAUGGGUUUACACCCAACACGCUCAAAACAAUGUUUUUUUUGUUAGUUUUCCGUAGCUGUUCUAUUACUGGUUAUACUUUAUAUUCUGUAUUCUCAGGCUCAGUGUUCUGAAUUAAGUGUUCAUGAACUGCAUUCAAAUCCAUUCCAAGAUGAUCCCAGAUUAUAGCCAGGGCUCAUAAAAUAAAACGUUAUAUAGUACAGUAUGGGGAAUUUCUCAGUGCUAGUUACACAAAUACUGUAAAUAUACCACUAGGUGGCACUUAAGUACCAAAUAUGCACUACACACGGGCUCAUAAUUUUUUUAACCUUUUAUUUAAAUAGGCAUGUCAGUUAAGAACAAAUUCUUAUUUCAAUGACAGCCUCUGAACUGUGGGUAGAACGACAGAUUUGUACCUUGUCAGGUUGGGUUUGAACUUGCAACCUUCCGGUUACUAGUCCAACACUCUUAACUACUAGGCUACCCUGCCGCCCCAAUUACAGACAAUAAAACAUUAAAAAAUAAUUUAGAAAAUAGAGUAAUGAUGAUGAUGAUCAUGCAUAAAUGUGAACCUAAAGAGCAGUUAUUUUGUCAAAGUCUUUGCGUGUUUUAGCAGUAGUAUUAUUACAGACCAGCUAAUGCAAAAACACAUGGAAUCUCUUCUGUAUCAUUUAAUCUACCUGGGACUGAGGGUGAGAUUUCAGGGCUCCCUGAAAGAAAACAUGGCCCGGUGCCCAGGUCAAAUACUGGUCACAGGGAGACUAGAGAAUAGAUUUUAGUAGAUUGGGUCUUUAAAAAAAGGUACCAAAAAGAGGAUUAACAAAAAAUAUAUCCACCUGUCUCAUCUCUUGUCAUAGCCACACGCAUGCACAAAUGGCAUUGUCUACUGUUCUCUAAAUCUUUGUUUCUGUUCAUGACCAUGUUCACAUCAUAAUUCACCAUCUCUUCAUGUUUCCUCCUCCCUCCCCUACUCUGACACAUGGCUAGGAUGUACAGUAUGUCCUGGGCUGUCAGGCUGCAUCGAGGGAUGCUGGGCAGGAACAAAGACAGAUUAGAUUGAUCUGCUCAUGACCUUCUGUUAUGAAAGGAUUUAAGAGCAACGAUUACAAACACACACACACGCAUAAGAUACACACACACAUUGCACGUUACAUACUACACCAUACAUAUCCUUGUAAAUAGAUUUUAUUACAAAUGAAUGCAUGAAUUGUCAAAUCUAACUGUCUGGAUUAAUCAGCUGUGUGUCUGUUUGAUUUCACAUCUUACAAUUGAAUGAAACAAUGCAUGCAUCCUUAAAACAACUGCUCUGAGAAAUCUGACAUGAAACUAUGAAAACAAACAUGUAUCUAAGGGAAGUGCAGCUUCUGAUAUCAUUUUUACACCACCACACUGUUUGUGGUGGCUAUUCCAUGCCCAGUGCCCACACAGGCAAUGCAAGAAUCAAUGAUUGGGGAAUAUAGGGAUUUAGUCAAGUGGUGGCUGAGUAAAAUACAUUUUACAGGUAUAGCUCAUAUAAAAACACUAAAGUGUAUACAGGUGUAGGGGUUCUGUAGGUCUGAUAUCUAAUUUUACAUUAAUACUAUUGGUCAACAACUCUGAUUCUGAAUCCAAACAACUCAAGAUGUUAUAAAAGGUCUUAGAUUCGUUCUUUCUAUUUUUUGUUCCUGUCUUUCUUUCUUACAUGAGCUAUGUGCCAUGAAUAAAGUCCAUAACGCUUGA